AGCCGUAAAUUACUCAGUGCCAAUCGAAGGCUCGUCAAGAGCGGGUCCCUUAUUUUCCGAAGGGGUUAUCGAAUCGAGCUACUUAUAUUAUAUUUAAUCAAACGAAGACGAUUCAGCAAGUGAAUGAUUCCUAUAGUCGGAAGCGAAUAAAGUGUUUAUGCUGAUCUUUGAACUUUAGAACGACGACUCGGCAGCAAGUGGUUGUUUUGAUACGGCGUCAUAACGGAGAAAUAUGUUGGUGGUGUUGUCUGUGUCCCUUCUUCUGGUGGGGGCACUGGCCCGCCCUGGGGCGCAUUAUCGUGGUAGUGGAGCGAUGAUGGAUGUUCGAAAGCAUCAUUGGAAGCAUAACGAGAUCAGGAAGGAAGCUCAAUGUGGAUAUGAGUCAUGCCCAGCCCCGAAGGAUGGUAUGCUCAACAUCCACCUGGUGCCGCACAGUCACGAUGACGUCGGUUGGCUCAAAACCGUAGAUCAGUACUACUACGGUAGCAAGACCAAUUAUCAGAUGGCCGGAGUGCAGUACAUUCUGGAUUCGGUGGUCGAGGCACUGCAGAAGAAUCCCGACCGGAAGUUCAUCUACGUGGAGUCGGCAUUUUUCUUCAAAUGGUGGGAUGAACAGACGGCAGAAAUUCAGGAAGUCGUGCAGCAGUUGGUGCAGGAAGGUCGGCUGGAGUUUGUGGGAGGAGCAUGGAGCAUGAAUGACGAGGCCGCUUCGCACUACCAAAGCUUGAUCGAUCAGUUCACGUGGGGUCUGCGGCUGUUGAACGACACCUUUGGCGAGUGUGGAAGGCCUCGAGCUGGAUGGCAGAUCGAUCCGUUUGGACAUUCGCGGGAACAGGCUUCCCUGUUUGCUCAGAUGGGGUACGAUGGAAUGUUCUUCGCCCGUUUGGAUUGGCGCGAUAAGUCGAAGAGGCUGCAGGAUAAAACGGCAGAAAUGCUGUGGAAGUCGAGUGCUAACUUGGAGGAUAGCGAUCUAUUUACUUCGGUGUUGUACAACCAUUACAGUGCUCCACCUGGAUUCUGCUUUGAUGUACUCUGCAGGGAUGAUCCGUUUGUUGAUGGAGAGCAUAGCACUGAGAACAAUGUCAACCAGAAAGUGGAUGAUUUCUUGACGUUCGUCACUAACAUGUCGGCGAGAUAUCGAUCCAACAAUUUGAUCAUCACUAUGGGCGAUGACUUCAACUACAUGGACGCUAACAUGAAUUUCAAGAACAUGGAUAAGCUCAUAAGGUACACGAAUGCUCGUCAAUCGUCAGGAUCUAACGUGAACGUAUUCUACUCCACUCCUACUUGCUAUCUGAAAGCCGUCCACGAUGCAAACCUUACCUGGCCAACCAAGACUGACGACUUCUUCCCAUACGCAUCGGAUCCGCAUGCCUACUGGACGGGUUAUUUCACGUCUCGGCCAACCUCGAAGCGCAUGGAACGCCACGGUAACCAUCUCUUGCAAGUUUGCAAACAGCUGACCGCUUUGAGUCCCUCUCCGGGAAGUGAAGAACAUCUGACCGUUCUACGGGAUGCGAUCGGUGUUAUGCAACAUCACGAUGCAGUUACUGGAACCGAGAAGCAACACGUCACCGACGACUAUUCCCGAAUGCUUCAUGUCGCUUUUGAAGCCUGUGGGGUCAACACAAAUGCUGCGCUUCAAGCUUUGACCAACAAUAACGUGAAAUUUGAAUCGUGCCAUCUGCUCAACAUCAGCCAAUGUGAAAUAUCCGAGACCAAAGAAAACUUCGUGGUUACUCUGUACAAUCCACUUGCUCAAGCUAAUUACCAAUAUGUUCGUCUGCCGGUCACGGGAAACAGCUACGUUGUGAAGGAUCACCAAGGUUUGGAAAUUCCUACCCAAAUCGUUCCACUUCCAGAACCCGUCGCCAACCUAUUCUACCGAACUGGACUCUCAACGCAGGAAUUGGUCUUCCUAGCCAACGAUGUUCCGCCCAUGGGUUAUCUAUCUUUCUAUGUAACGGAAACCUACGACACCUCUUCUCCAGAAGACGAAAGCACGUCCAAGGAGCAAUCCGUAAGCAUCGGAAACAAUUAUUUCACGCUGAACUUUGACGAGAACGGUUUCCUGAGCACGAUUCAGAUCGGCGAAGAGAUCCAUCGACUGCAACAGGACUUCCUCUAUUACGAAGGUGCUUACGGCAACAACGAAGUCUUUGAAAACCGUUCAUCAGGUGCGUACAUUUUCCGACCCAACAGUACGGAGAAGCAUGUCGCUACAUCGGUCCGGCUGACCGUCAUUAACGGCGAUCUAGUGCAGGAAGUCCACCAAGAGUUCAACGAGUGGAUCAGUCAGGUCAUUCGCGUACAUCAGAACGAGAUGCAUGUGGAGUUUGAAUGGAUGGUGGGACCAAUCCCAAUCGACGAUAGCAAGGGUAAGGAAAUCGUUACCAGAUACUAUUCGGAUAUUCAAUCAGAUGGCGUGUUCUGGACGGAUUCGAACGGCCGCGAGAUGAUGAGAAGACAAAGGAACCAUCGGGAAACGUGGGAUUUGCAGUUGGAUGAACCUGUUGCCGGAAACUACUACCCGGUGACUACGAAGAUGGCAGUGGAAGAUGACAAGUUGCGUAUGGCCGUGUUGAACGACCGUGCUCAGGGUGGUACCAGCAUGGAAGAUGGAGUUAUUGAGCUGAUGGUACAUCGACGACUGCUGCGAGAUGACGCAUUUGGAGUUGGUGAAGCUUUGAACGAGACGGCUUACGGAACGGGACUGAUCGCUCGUGGAAAACACUACCUGGUGUUUGGCUCGAAGGCACCUCAGAUGAUGCCUGUUCAGGUUUGGGAACGAGUCUUGCAGAACCAUGUCCUGUUGCCUCCGUGGAUGUUCCUGAGCGAUGCAACUGACGUGUCGUUUGAGGAUUGGCAGUCGAAUUACGUCAAUAUGUUCUCAGCAAUGGAAGCAUCGCUCCCGGCGAACGUCAACCUUCUCACCUUUGAGGCCUGGAAGAAUCCUUCCACAUACCUCGUGCGAUUCGAACAUUUGUUCGAAAAAGACGAAGACACUUUGUACUCGGCUCCCAUCACUUUGGAUCUCGAAGUCGUCUUUUCUAAGUUCGACAUCAGCAGCAUUCGGGAGACUACCCUAGCCGGAAACCAGUGGAUAGAGGACAGUUCCCGUUUGAAAUUCUAUGCGGAUCCGGUGCCUAUCCCUGAAGAAGUCAACAAUCGUAUCAAGCACCGAAGCGACAACAGCUUAAAGGUCAAGCUGAACCCAAUGGAGAUUAGAACCUUUGUCAUUGAAAUGAAUCGGAAGUGAAUGAAAUCAAACUCGAUCCAAUAAAGCUCAUCAAAAUA